AUGGAAGAGGAGAACAUGAAUGAGGGAGUUCCUUCCCAAGGUCCUCAAGAUGCUCAAGUCCCUAAAGCUCCUAUUGAUGCGGGGGCUAUGACAAAUAUAGAAAUAAGGUUGGCUCUCCAAGUAUUGACCCAAGUCGUGACGUCCCAAGUCGAUAGGGAUGUGAGGACUCAUGUAAACCCCAAUGUGAGUACAACCGCUUCAAGGAUAAGGGAUUUCACAAGAAUGAACCCUCCUAUGUUCUUUGGUUCCAAAGUGGAGGAAGACCCACAAGGGUUUAUUGAUGAGAUAUAUAAGGAACAAAAUCACAAGCAAAGGAAUAGGGAAUUAAAGAGGGCAAGGUCCGAUGAUGGGAAUUCUUCCAAGGGUAAAUUUGAGGGUCAAGGUAGACCAAGGUUCAAGAAAAGCUCCUCCAACCAAGGCUCCUCUAGUGCUACAAGGGGCAACAAAGAUAGGGUGUCUAACCCUAAGCCUCAAGGAGGCAAUAGUGGUGGAUCUUCUAUGGUGAAGCCUACUUGUUCCAAGUGUGGCAAGAAACAUGAUGGUAAGUGCCUAGUUGGCACAGAUGGUUACUAUAGUUGUGGGAAGAGCGGUCAUAUGAUGAGAGAUUGUCCCAUGCUAAGGGCUCAAGGGAGAGAGGGAAAACAAGUCUCUCCUAGUGGCUCAAAUUUCGAUGCUCCCAAGAAAAACCGUUUCUAUGCUCUUCAAUCCCAAGGUGACCAAGAGAGCUCCCUGGAUGUUGUGAAUGGUAUGUUACAAGUCUUUUCCAUUGAUGUAUAUGCAUUGUUAGACCCCGGUGCCACUUUGUCAUUUGUUACAUCUUUUGUGGCUAUGAAGUUUGAAAUACUCCCUAAUGUCUUAGAAGAACCUUUUUCGGUGUCUACCCGGGUUCGUGACUCGGUAGUGGCAAACAGAGUCUAUAGUAGUUGUCCUAUUUCUGUCUCAUACAGUUACCUUGGUGGAUUUAGUGGAGUUAGACAUGUUAGAUUUUGA